UCCUAAUCCAUACAUCUCAAAUGUGUGAAUUAUUUGAUCUUAAGACAUAAAAUUUGAGAUCUAUUUCAUUCAAAACACAAGUUUGCGGAUCUAAUUGAGUAAAAAACAGUUUAGACUGAGUUAUUUGAUCUCGAGAUAUAAGUUCGAAGCUAGGUUGACCAUUUGUUCAUUUAAAACCAAUCUGGACUAGACCAGUGCAGUUGAAGUUCAUAGACAUGCCUACUUGGCGCGGUCAUUAAGCGCACACAAGCAAAUCGAGGGAACUGGCGAGCAAUUUUCAAAACUCGAACUACCGUAAUACUGAGUUCAAAGUCUGAACACAAAUACCGUUCUAUAUUCAUUCAGUCAUUUUCACAAACAGGUUGUGCUCAAUUCACUCCUCCAUCCAUAUUUUUAUGCUUUGCUUUAGAAGUUAUUCAAUCAAUCACUAGAAAUGAGAGUUACCAGAAUCAUAACUUCAAACAUAAAGAAAUUCUCAAUUUUAUACUCCAAUAAUUCCCUUCUCAUUUCACCUCAUGUAGAACAACAAAACCUUCAUUAUGCAAUUUCCACCAUUAAAACCGCUAUCACAAACCCCUUUAGUUCCAAUUUCCCUGUCCCUUUCUCUUCAACAAAUCUUGAAACCCCACCAAAAAUUUCAAAUAACCAUGAGGAAUUGUCUAGUGAGACUGAUCAUAGUGAUUCUAAUAAUGACGACGACGACGACGAUAACAUUAGGCGGUUGAAGUUAAAAAAUGAUGAUAGUUUUGUUAAAGAUGUGAAAACCGUUGUGAAUGUACUAAAUCAGUUGAGUGGCAAUCCUGUGGAAAUGAAAAACAAGAUUGAACAAUGUGGAGUUAAGGUCACACAUGAGUUAGUCACAGAGGUUUUGUCUAGAGUAAGAAAUGACUGGGAGGCUGCAUUUACUUUCUUUCUGUGGGCUGGUAAGCAGCCGGGCUAUUCGCAUUCGGUGAGCGAAUAUCAUUCCAUGAUUUCCAUUCUUGCGAAAAUGAGAAAAUUCGACACAGCCUGGUCGUUGAUUGAUGAGAUGCGAGGAGUUAAGACGGGUAUCUCUCUUGUUACACCUCAGACUUUGCUUAUUAUGAUUAGGAGAUAUUGUGCUGUACAUGAUGUUGCUAGAGCUAUAAAUACUUUUUAUGCGUAUAAGCGGUUUAAAUUUGAUAGGGGUAUUGAUGAAUUUCAGUCUCUUUUAUCUGCUCUUUGUCGUUACAAGAAUGUUCAAGAUGCUGAGCAUUUGAUGUUUUGUAAUAAAGAUGUUUUCCCGUUUAAUACCAAGAGUUUUAAUAUUGUGCUCAAUGGGUGGUGUAAUGUGAUUGGUAGUCCUCGUGAAGCUGAGAGAGUAUGGGGGGAAAUGUGCAAGAGGCGUAUUAGUUAUGAUGUUGUGUCGUAUGCGAGUAUUAUAUCUUGUUACUCAAAGGCGGGUAAUCUUUAUAAAGUGCUUAAGCUGUAUGAUCGGAUAAAGGAGAUGGGUAUUCAAGCAGAUAGGAAGGUUUACAAUGCUGUUAUCCAUGCUCUUGCAAAAGGUAGACAUGUCAAAGAAGCUAUCAAUCUCAUGAAGACAAUGGAAGAGAAUGGUAUUACUCCUAAUACUGUCACGUACAAUUCACUGAUCAGACCAUUAUGUAAGGCACAGAAAUUGGAUGAGGCUAGAGGGGUCUUUGAUGAGAUGUUACAGCGUGGUCACUCUCCAACUGUACAGACUUAUCAUGCAUUCUUUCGUAAAUUAAGGACAGGGGAUGAAGUGUUUGCUCUCUUGAAGAGUAUGAGAAAGAUAGGCUGCCAGCCAAUUAUUGAUACUUACAUUAUGUUGAUUAGAAAAUUUUGUCGAUGGCGUCAGUUUGAUGAUGUCUUUAAGGUGUGGAAUGAGAUGAGUGAGAAUGGCAUAGGUCCUGAUCGUAGCUCAUAUAUUGUGCUGAUACAUGGACUCUUCUUAAAUGGGAAGUUGGAGGAAGCAUAUAAAUACUAUGCAGAUAUGUUGGGAAAACAUUUAUUGCCAGAGCCUAAGAUAGAUGAGAUGCUUCAAACUUGGUUUUCCAAUAAGCAAAUAGCUGAAUGUCAAGUGAAAGAAUUGAAAGGUGAUCAAUUUGAUUGCAGUCCAUCAGGCAGGCAAAAUAGAGCAACCUCUAGUAGAUUUAAUCAUGAGAAGGAUUUUAUCCAGCAAACUGAUACUAGAACAGUUGUAAGAGAACGAGGAUUUUCCUUGGGUCAGUAGUUUUCAUGCAACAGUAGGUCUAAAUAGCUGGUGGUUCGCACAUUCAACAACUUGCAGCAUCAAAUACUCCAUGAACUAAUACAGGUGCAUAUUACAUUGUCGUGAGUUCUUAGGGUCUUAGUGGAAAAAAGGCCAUACUACAUUGUUGUGAGUAUCGCAAAGCAGUCAACAACAUUUUCACAAAUCGGACUUGGGCAAAGAUAUAGAAGUGGCAACUAAUGUAAUUGAUAGUCCAAAUAUAAUGUAUUGAUACAUGCUACUAAGAAAAGGUGUGAUAAUAAUGACACUCUCAGAGGCUAUGUUUUUUGUGUCAAUAUUGCUUGCUUCAGCUGUUCACUCAUAGGGUAAAAGCAAUAUUGAUCAUUCACUUUUUAAUGCUUGUGGGAAGUGGCAUUGUGGCGAUCAGUUUGUAAUAGUCUCAUCUUGACGCUGGUGGUUUUGUAUUUCGUCAAUCCUUGAGCUUCUAAUUGGAGAAGACUUGAACUUCUGUGGAAAUCGAAUAUAGAGCAUAAUCGUCAUUCCAUUUUUAUUGGCCUGACAUGGAGAUCAGUGAUGUAUCUUAUUGCAGAAUGAAGGUUCAGCACAGUUCAGUUGAGUCAAAUCCUCCUAUAGCCUGAUGUAACAUUGAUAACCAAUCAAAAUUAUCAAAUGUUCGGCCAGGGUAUGAAUUCAAGCUGCAGGGUGCUUGGUGCGGUUGGCUGGAAAUAAAAGGUAGAAUCAAAUCCUCUACUGUUUUAUAAAUUAAUCGAGAUUAUGAUGUGUAAGUAGAUAGAAUUAAGGCAUGUUAAAGGAAAUGCGGGUUUAGGAUAAGGAUUGUAUCAUUGGUUUUAAGGAAGUUUUCAUUGAUUAAGUUAUCAUUAUCAUAUCUACCUUUUUAGGGAAAAAGUGUCUGUUAUUGCAUUUUUUUUCUGCAGGUAAGUUGGAAGUCAAGAGUCCGAAAACUCGGUGGAGAGUAGCUUUUGACCAAUAAGCCGAACAAGUAACCUCAAGCUUAUGGAAAAGGAGAGAAGAAUCAUUCAAAAUCUCAGGUACUUAUAUUUUUGCAUCAUACAUGACAUAAUGUUCACAGCAAAAAAAAUCCUAUUCUUUGCAUGAUAACAAACAUAAAGUUAAAUUCCAUGAACCAAACAAAAGCAUCUUUGAAGGAUAAAUAUAAAGUCUAAGGAGUUGUGGAUAAUCAUGAAACUUUUUUUGAUUAUAUUUAUACCUAAAACUCUUUAGCAUAUACUCCCAAAAUCCUAUCAACUAUAUCUACACAUUGAUUCCAAAUUGACACAACUUUCUUUUUUUGCUCAACAACCCUUUUGGCCUUAUUGCAUUGUGGAAAUAUCCCCAUACUUAGGGAACUUCCUCUUUUUUUCUUUAUUUUUCUUUUCUCUGAGUGUGUCGUGGUUGUUUAAUAGCCAAGACUCGAGAGGCCUUUACCAUACUGAGGAAAAACUAAAAAUCAACAUGUUUUAGCUAAUUAUUUGGCCAUCAAAUUUAAAAAUUGAAAUAUUGCUGUUGAAGUCGAAAAAUCGUAUGAAUAAUUCAAAUAUUUGAUAUAAUCGGAUUCAUUAUACUAAAACAAACUUUGUUUUUGAACUAUGUUUUAAUAAAGGAUUUUGAGUCCGACUUACUCGAAGUUUAUAUAUUGCUGAAGAUGCUGACAAAAUUUGUGUCAUUCUUAGAAAGAGUAAUGAGUAGGCUUGUUUUGGGAUUAUGACUCACAUUAUUGUGAAAUGGAAAUCUUUUAGUUUGGUAUAUUUUACUAUGACUAACUAAAAAACACACGCCUAUAAAGUGCACUGUAUUUGGCAUCCAACAAAGGUUCAUUUUGCCCCUUGAAUUUGCCUCAAAAAUCAAAUAAAUCCAAACUCGUGGUUUUGGACAAAAACACUCUCGAAAUGAGUGUUUUUUUUCGUUUUGCCCCUCAUCUCCAAUUUUUAUAUCACGCUCCAAUUUGUAAAUCAUAGAUUUUGAAGAUGUUUUUGUCUCAAACUACGGAUUUGAUCUUAUUUGAUCUUUUGUACCAAGUUUGAGGGGAAAAUGAACCUUUUUUCAUUUGGCGGCACAUACCUAUGCUCAAAAUUACGUGAGAAUGCUCCACUAUUAAUUGAAUCUAGUAUAAAAAAUUAAUUUUAGGUGUCCGAUACAUUAAAAUAGCAAAUUCAGUCGACUCUAAUCUAAUGUGAAUGCUAAUGUGUUGAAACUAAUUAAAUUAACAACUUAAAAACAAACAUAAAACUAUAAUUAACCAUUUUAUAAAAGACUUUAUAAUCAUAUGGAGAGAGUUUCGUCACCACGUGCAUCUUUUUCUUUAUUACUGCCAUGAGGGAGGAUUAAGGAUAAAAUUAAUUAAAAACUAAUUUCAAUGCAGUUGACAGAUCAUGUGUAGUUGAGAGUUAGAGUUUUCAACUACUACCAUUUACAUUGCUUGAUAGUAUUAAUUAAUCUCAUUUGUGUCCACAAAUUAAUUUUUGCACAUUUUUAUUUUAGUUCAUGUGACAAUUAGUUAAUGUAAUUAUUGUAAUUUUGAUGUUUAGAGUCACCAAAUUGUUACUCAUUUUGGAGUACAAUGUCAGAAUUAAAAAAGUUGUUACUUAUAGAAAAAAACGUGCAUAUUUUAUGGUAGCAUGGUUUGCAAGGGUGAGGAGGACCACGCCGAGCCGCAUAACUUGAAUUACAAGUCAAAUUUAAUUGAAAUGUGUACACAUUUAGAGUUAUUUAGUAACUAAAAUCACAUUUUUCAGUUAAAAGUUGUGUAUUGGUUGAAAAUGUAGUUAAAUUUUGUAUUAUAUAGUUUUCUGGGUAUAAUUUUUUGUUAUACAUACUUACUAUGAUAAAAAAAAAUUGAUUUUUAUGUAUCAAUUUCAGUAUGAAUGCAAUGAACAGGGAGGGCAUCAUCUUCAACUUUA